AUGAGAGUUAGAAAGCGUACAUCCAAGAGAACCUCCACUCGUAUGAGAGAGGGGAUUAAAAAGAAGGCCACCGCUCAGCGUAAGAAGGAGAGAAAGCAAUCUAAAACCGAUCCAACUUGGAGGUCCAAAAAUAAGAAGGAUCCUGGUAUCCCUGCCAGUUUCCCUUAUAAGGCUAAGAUUUUGGAAGAAAUUGAAGCUAAGAGACUACAAGAUUUGGAAAUGAAGAAAUUGCAGAAACAAAAGAAGAUACAAGCGAGAGAGGAGGCUGUGAGAUUGGGCCAAACAGUCCCCGCACAGGAAGAUCUCGAAGAGGAGGUUGAUGGGAUGGCAGCAUUGGUCGAAUCUGCUCAGCAAGCUGCUGCAGAGUACCAAGGUGGUAAGAAGGGUUCGAAUACCGAUGGGAACCGUUCUCAGGACUUAGAUGUGGUGGAUUAUGACAUUGACUUCGACCUUGAAGAAGACGAAGAAGGUGCUUCCGAAUUAGAAAAGUCAAGGAAAGCUUAUGACAAAAUCUUCAAAACUGUUGUGGAUGCCUCAGAUGUCAUUUUAUAUGUCCUAGAUGCUAGAGAUCCUGAAGGAACCAGAUCGAGAAAAGUCGAGCAAGCAGUUCUGCAGAGUCAAGGGAAACGUCUCAUUCUCAUUCUCAAUAAAGUCGAUUUGAUUCCUCCAUCUGUUCUAGAGCAAUGGAUGAAUGUGUUGAAAUCGAGUUUCCCAACCAUCCCACUGAGAGCCGCUCCUGGUGCUACGAACUCGUCGUCUUUCAACAAGAAACUCACCCAAUCAGCCACUGCUGAAGCACUUCUGGAAGCUUUGAAAACAUAUGCGAACAACAAGAAGGUGAAGGGCUCUAUUGUUGUUGGUGUCAUAGGUUAUCCUAACGUUGGUAAAUCCUCGGUGAUUAACGCUAUAACGUCCCGUCGGGGGAAUAACUCCAAGGUGUGCCCUGUUGGGAAUCAGGCCGGUGUUACUACGGCUUUGAGAGAGAUUAAAAUUGAUAGCAAGCUGAAAAUUUUGGAUUCCCCUGGUAUUUGCUUCCCUUCUGAGGGGAAGAGUAAAAGUAAGACAGAACAGGAAGCAGAAUUGGCCCUUCUCAGCGCUUUACCACCAAAAUAUAUUGUUGAUCCAUAUCCUUCCGUCUUAUUGCUGAUUAAGAGGUUAUCCAAAUCGGAUGAAAUGACGGAUAGCUUCAAGAGAUUUUACGAAGUUCCUCCAAUUCCAGCAAACGAUGCUGAUACAUUUACAAAACACUUUCUCAUCCACGUGGCACGGAAAAGAGGCAGACUGGGGAAAGGUGGUAUUGCUAAUCUGGCCAGUGCCGGUCAGUCUGUGUUGAAUGAUUGGAGAGAUGGUAAAUUCCUUGGAUGGGUGUUACCUAAUGCUUCUAAAAAGAGUGCUGAAGAAUUAGGGAAACAGCAAGAAAGCUCUAUUGGGAGUGGUGCUUCUCAUGCUCCUGAAAAGGUCGAGCAGACAACCAUCGUUUCUGAAUGGUCAAAGGAAUUCGAUCUUGAUGCCUUAUUUAGCAACUUGGACAACACAAUCAAGGAGUCGCGAAGCGAGGAUGCCAUGGAAGAGUAA